AUUUCCAUGUAGAACUGCAAUGGAAAUAUGGAAUAAGGAAUUGGAAUAUUUGAGGAUAUAUGCAGGGCAAUAUAACCUACAAAAAAUCGUGUUCACUUCACUGUUCCUUUAGACGCACGUGUGUCGUUUGGAUGUCGGCAAGACGGAAGUGUGUUUGCGAUCAGGAGAAGAAAACAAACGUGUCAAUUCUGAUAUUUUAAAGAAAAAACUCAAUUAUAAGAAAGAUGAUAUUAAAAAGUUUUCCUCGGGGUGGCAAGAAGCCCGUCAUCAAACCUUCAAAUAAUUUGUUUUCGAAACGAACAAAAAUUAAAGCAAAGAAACCAAGAUCUAAACCUAACAAAACAAAAGAAGUAGCAUCUACAGAUGAUGGACCAUUAGUUGCAAAUACAGCUCAGAAUUUAAGACUUUCAUCAUUGCAUGAAGGCAUGGUUAUAGUUGGUCGAAUAUUUAGAGUGACUGACUACCAUGCGUUUGUAUCACUUCCUGGACAAAUAAGUGCCAAAUUGCAAGCUACAGAUAUUAGUGACAGUUACACAAAUUCUUUAAAAAGUAUUGCUAAGAAUGAAGAAAUAUCUGAAGAAUUUAAGCCAAUGUCAGAUUUAUACAAAGAAGGAGAUUAUGUAGUUUGUUACGUGAAAUCAUUUAACCCCAAUACUAAAAAAGUUUCUGUAUCGUUAGAACCACAAUUGAUCAACCAAAGUUUGAAUCCAGGUACUCUAGUAAAGCGUUCAAAAGUUGUGUUGAGUAUUAGUAGUGUUGAAGAUCAUGGCUACGUUUUAGAGACUGGAUUGAAAAAUUUUAGAGCAUUUUUAUCAAUAAAAGAUAUAGCGGAUGAAGAAACUAAGUUAUUUGUUGGAAAGCAAAUUAUAUGUGCUGUAAAGGAUGUAAAAACUGCAGAAAAUAUAUACACAGCUAAAGUUUCAAUUAAAACUAAACAUUUGGAUACUGUUGAAACAAAUAUUACAUCCUUGGACUCUUUAAUUCCCACAGCACAAUUUGCUCUUACAGUAAAAAAAGUGUUGAAAAAUGGGCUGCAAGUUGAGUUUGGUGAGAACAGUAUUGGUUAUAUUAAUCAGUUGUAUCUACAAAAUUCACUUGAUUCAUUUAAGAAAGGACAAGAAUUAGUUGGAACCCUUCUUUACAUUGUACCUACUGUGAAAUUUGGAUACUUCAGUUUGUUACCACAAGAAGCAGAACAAAAAUUAUUGGCAAUUGGUGAUGUUAUAACAAAAGCAAAAUUUGUAUCCAAAGAUUCAAGAGGAAUCAUAUUACAAUUAAAAAAGGGUAUACAAGGAUAUGUUCCCCUAAAACGUACUGAGGUGCAGUUUGAAAAAAUUGAUUCUGUAUUUACCAAAAAUUCUAUUCACAAAUGUAAAAUAUUGGCUUAUGACUCAAUUGCAAGGGUGUACAUAUGCUCAAUGGAAAAAAAAGUGAUUGAAAAAACAGUUGUAAAUAAAACAAUUUUACAACCUGGACAUGUUGUGGAAGUUAAAAUAACUAAAAUCAAAAAGAACGGAUACAUUUCUGUCUCAAGUGGUACACGGAAUGGUUUUGUUCCUGCUGAUCAGGUUUCUGAUCCAGGUUAUAAAGCCACUUUCAAAGUGGGUCAAAAUGUGACAGCAAGGGUUUUAGAAACAUCUGUAAAAAACAUCUUUACGCUUAAAAAAUCGCUGAUAGAAAGCAAAUUACCAAUUUUGUGUAAAAUGGAAGAUGCCAAAGCAGAUGCAGUUCACGAUGGUACAGUCUCAAGAAUCACAGAUGCAGGAAUACUGAUUCGGUUUUUUGAUGGUGUAAAGGGCUUCAUACCAAAGAAGUUUUUGAACAACAAUACUGCAUCUGCAAAGUGGAACAUGGUUGUUGGACAAACAGUUUCAACAGUCAUUAAGGAUGUAGAUGUGAGAGAAACCAAACUGAUAUUGUCACUUGUAAAAGGUGCUAAAGCACAAAACACCAAGUUCAAAAUCGGAGAUGUAGUCGAAGGAAUUGUAACAGACUCUUCAGCUGAAGGUGUUCAACUUCGGCUAAAAAAUUAUGGUGAAGAGGCUCCAACGGCGUAUCUCCCUGCGGGACACAUGUCACCUUGUUACGAAGUUGGCAAGCUAUUGGCAUCCAAAACCGUGGCUGGAGAAUCCGUAACUGCUAUUGUAUUUUCUACAAUGCCAACUCUGAUUUUGAGUACAACAUUUGCUCCAGAGAAAACCUACAAAAUCCACGACUUGAAACCCGAAGACACUGUAAUGUGUUCUGUUAAGAAGAUACACAAAGAGUCGGUAAAAGUCCUGAUGCCUCUGGUGAAGUCGUCAAAGUUCGGAACGGUUCCCGCUGCCAGCGCGGGUAAUAUAGAGUCCAUGUACGAGAAUCAAAUCCUUAUUGGAAAAGUAACAAGAAUCGAAAAGGAUUCCCAAGAAAUCAGCUUGACAACGCAGCUGAGCAAAGUAUGGAAAAGUGUUUCGGAGCACGACGUGAAAAUGAUGACGGCAGUCGAUGUACUGAGUUCUUAUCUCAAUAAAGUUACCGAACUGUCGAGGAACGUCUAUUACACCAGCAAACCGAUUUCGAAGCUCAGCAUAGGACAACGAAUUAAGGGCAGCGUAGAAAGUGUCAUGGAUCAUGGUCUAAUUUUGAAGCUGGAGAAUAAUGUGAAAGGUAUCGUCAGGACGAGCCAUUUCACUGGAAACGUCGUGCCAGGACAAAAGGUGGAAGGGUCAGUUUUGUGGAUAAAUUAUCCUCACGAGUAUGUAGAAUUAACGUUGAUCCGCAGCAUUAUGAACGGCAUAAGCAUCAAGCAGAACAAACUGGCGAAGAUACCAGUGGGCGUUCAACUGAGAGGAGAAAUCGUAUUGAUCACAGACUGGUUUGUGCUGGUAGUUCUCAAAGGUCAAGGAAAGGGUACGUUGGUCACAUUACCAUCCAGGCGACACCUCAACGACAUUGUCCCAGACUUGACGCCCUAUCAGAUUCGAGACAAAGUAAGAUGUUUCGGUGUACUGAACGGCGAAGAUGCCGACAUACUCCUGCCCAUAUGUAUGCUGAAAUCUUCGUUUGAAAUUCAUAUUCCACGUGAGUUGGAAAAACCACAGAAGCGCAAGCUGGAAGCUCAGAACGGCAAUGAAAAAGUUUCUGUGGCCAAGAAAUCGAAGAAUUUAAAGGUCAACGAAGAAAUCAAAGAAGAGAAGUCCGAAGGGAAGCAAGUGAAGAAAGAAGCAGCUGAACCCGCGAAACCAGCGGAAAGGAAGAAAGUUAAAGCCCAACUGAUUGAUGAGAAGAAGCCAAACAAGAGGAAGAGAAGCGAGCAAGUGAUAAAAUCCGCAGAAAGCUCGGACGACGAAGAAGUUUCAGAGGAGGAAGUGGAACCAGCCGCAAAGGCUGUCAACACAAAGCCAACGCAAACCCUGGCCAUACCCGAGUGCGGUUUCCAGUGGGACAGCUCGACGACCGGUCAGGUGGCUCAAGACAGCUCGAGCUCAAGCGAGGACGAGGAGCAAAUGGAGGAUUCCUCGAAGCCGAAGAAGAAGAAGCUCACGCCGGCUGAGAGGCGAGAACAGGAGAGACUAAAAGAACGCGAAAUCCGCGAGCGCGAGGAGGCGCUGGCCAGCUGCCAGGUACCUCAAACGGUCGAUCAAUUCGAUCGGCUGGUACUCUCGAGCCCGGACAGCUCACUCGUCUGGAUGCAGUACAUGGCGUACCACCUGCAGGCGACGGAGAUCGAGAAGGCUCGAGCAGUGGCCAGACGAGCCCUAAAGACAAUCAACUUUCGCGAAGAGGACGAGCGGUUGAACGUCUGGCAGGCUUGGCUGAACCUCGAGUCGCGAUUCGGCACCGCCGAGUCACUCAAUGAGGUAUUCCAGGAGGCCGUCAAGACUAACGACGCGCAGAAGGUGUACACGCACAUGCUGACCGUCCACGGCGACGCUGGCAGGCAGGCCGAUUUGGAGAAGCUGACCAGCGCGAUGAUCGCCAAGUUCAAGCAGAACCCGGAGACGUGGAUCAGCUGCGGUACCGCUUUGCUCAAGAUCGGCAUGAAGGACAAGAGCAGGCACAUCAUGCAGAGAGCUCUGCAGUCGCUGCCGGCGACCAAGCAUGUCGAUCUCUUGGUGAGGUUCGCGCAGCUGGAGAACAGGCUCGGCGACAAGGAGCGAGCGCAGACUCUGUUCGAACAGGUCCUGACGUCAUAUCCGAAGAGAACGGACGUCUGGUCGUCCUAUGUCGAUUCGUUGGUCAAAUCGGGAGACAUCGAAAUCGCGAGGAAAGUACUGGACCGAGCUAUAACGCAGGGGUUGCCCCCGAAAAAGAUGAAGGUGUUAUUCAAGAAGUACAUCGACUUCGAGAGCAAGCACGGCACGCCGGAGAACGUCUCUCGCAUCCAGGAACUGGCCGUGAAAUACGUCGAAGAACAGUGCAAAAAACUUGACUAGGUUUAACCGACGACGUUGAAAUGAAAUAAUGUUUUGUACAGUCCUUUUUACUCGAUAAUAAAAAGAAGUUUAUUUAAACGUA